AUGCCAAAAGGAAUUUCCGAACGAUGGAUGCCCCUUGAUCCCGAUCCGAGGUCAGCAGCCUAUCCUCUGAUGGAGAGUUUUUGGCCAACGGCACUUAUCUCUCUGGCGUACGUGGUCGGUGUCUAUACGUGGAUGAAGAUAGCCGCUCCAAAAAAGAAAAAGGCCUCAGCAAAUGGACAUGCUAGCAAUGGGAAUGCUGUCAACAAGAAACAAGUUGCCAAGGCCUCCUCUUCUUCUUCCUCCUCCUUCGAUUCUAUCAAAAUCCUUAUGGUGGCGUAUAACAUCGCAAUGGUCUUCUAUUCCGCCUUCAUGGUGAUUGAAGUACUUGAUCUGCUUCGGCUAACCGGCUACGGUCUUGGCUGUGUCGAAUUCGACCCAAAGGAUGACCCGGUUCAACGGCGUUUCAUCCGAGUGGGGUACCUAUUCUACUUCUCCAAGUUCUUAGAACUCCUCGAUACUCUAUUUUUCCUACUGAGGGGCAAAUAUGACCAGGUCACCUUCCUUCAUGUUUUCCAUCACGGUGCUAUGCCUCCUUCAAUCUGGUGGGGUAUUAAAUACGCUCCAGGUGAGUUUUGA